AUGGCCAUCGCGACAGCGGUGCUGCAACAAGACGCAAGCGAGUUGAAAGACUCCCUUGCUGCACCAAAGGGGACGCUCACGCAAUGUAGGACAUCCUCCGCGCGGCAUGGCGGUGUCCACCCAUUUAGUUGCCAUGGCGGUAGUGAGGAGAGUUGUCUGCUAUUUUUUUUUAUCCUUCGCAAGAAACGGCGAGAUGUGGAGGCGGUGUGGUCGUUUCCACUUCCCUUCGAGGCUGUAGAGGCGCGGUACCCGAUGCUGACCCAAUUUGUCUACACGAACGCAGGGACCUCGUAUUCGGCUGAGGAACUCAGCCACACCUUCGUUCUCACCGAUGGACGUGGGGUGCGUGUGUACGGGCAUUGUACGGCGUUUGUGAAUGGGGAGUCUGUUGUUAGUCUCUCGCCAUACCCCUGGUGUCGCUUCUUCACAUAUCUUGCCACGCUGUUUCGCACGAAUGGGUAUGAAAACGGGGAGAUGAUUGUGAAGGCGCUUUACAAUUGCCCCACGCCCCCAUCUGGAGGAACCUUUGCGUUGCCGGAACACAUUCCCAUCAGCUUCCAACGGCCGUAUGACAGGUUGUGCUCGUUUAUUGACACAUCACCCGUGUACUUGCUUACUAUAUUUCCAAACACUGGUGCGUUGUUUUCCGUUCUGGCCGACUUACUACUCGAGAAGCGCGUUAUCGUGGUUGGACCCAAUUUUGGUCUUGUCUCGCAGGUAGUAAUGUCGCUCCAAUCUCUAAUUUCACCUUUUGAUUGGAUGCAUAUUUUGAUACCUAUUCUACCUAGUACCCUCUUGGACGUCUUGGCGGCCCCGACGCCAUAUCUUGUAGGCAUUCUAACUUCACAGCUUCCACUACUGGAAGCUGUGCCCAUCGAAAGCUGCGUAAUGAUUCAUCUGGGAUCCUCUGGAACCUGUGAACGAGUAUACUACCAUAAUGAGGAAAAACACGAACUGCCCCAUUCAGGAACUUUCAGUAGUCUUCGAAUAGGCUACCUAACUUUAAAGAUGCAGGACCCUCGUGACCAGACAGCGCAAGAUCUUUGUAGUCUCUUUUUAACUUACUAUGCCAUGUUAUUAGGUGAUAUUGGGGUAUGUGGUGCAGUGGAAACACAUAUUACGUCCACGGGUAACCCAGAGGACAUAUUCUAUAGAUUGCUUAUGAGUACGCAGUGUUACAAUGCUCUCAUAGAAACAGUGCAGGAAGCAUUUGCAGGUGAGGAUCAUGACUGGAUGGAUAAUGAAUUUUUUGUUGCGCUUGUCCGCGGACAUGCAAAGGUGUACCCUCAACAUUACCAGCAACUCAUUUACGAGGAAAAAAAAGGUGGUGGAUACACAACUCGUCAUGCAGAUUGCUUUGGAAGUAGAGAAGAACUCACGGCGCUUUCUGCUAUGAUUCACGGAUUUGGAGGGCAUCGCAUGAGUACUGGUCGGUUGUGUUGUCAGUGCCUUGGCAGCUUGCUUUGUCGCGUAGUGUGUUUGAAGAGCCAUCGUGCCUUGGUGACGCUGGAAGCCUCCGUUCCUCCCAUGGCACAGAGGGAUUACUUAUCUACCUCUCUUGGCACUCCAGAGGACCUUGAAAUGGUGGUGACCCAAACAUUGAACGGCACAAAGUGCCCCUCACCAUGA